CCCCCCUCUCUCUCUCUCCCUCCCCAGCUGCGAAACUCUUUGGUAAAGCUGUGGCGUGUAUGCGCACGUGUGUGACUACUAAUAAGUUGUGUUGUUGAGGGAAAUGAAAAGAGCCACCGUCCGUCUUACUGGGCGCUGCUGUUCCUCAGCUGUUGCAUUGCCGACGUCGAUUGGCACUUGAAGGACUUGUCUCGACUUCACCGAUAUCAGGAACUUUUACACUCGGUUGGAAUUAUGACGUCAGAGGGUAUUUAUGCAGACACCACACAGGACACUCUGCUCAUUCAGGAGAAUGAGGAAACAUACAGAAACCCCACUGAAGUCAAGAUGAGUCAGAUUGUGCUGCCAUGUCACGCAAACCACUGUGGAGAGCUGAGUGUGGGGCAGCUGCUGAAGUGGAUGGACUCCACAGCCUGCUUGUCUGCUGAGAGACAUGCUGGUUGUUCCUGUAUCACUGCAUCUGUGGAUGACAUCCAUUUUGAACACACCAUAGGGGUGGGGAAGGUGGUCAAUAUCAUAGCAAAGGUCAACAGAGCCUUCACAUCAAGUAUGGAGGUGGGAAUAUUAGUGACUUGUGAGGACCUGUACACUGCCAGGCUGUGGAAGGUUUGUCAUGCCUUUGCUACCUUCGUCGCAAGAAGAACUGAAGCAGGGAAGGUUCAGCUGAAACAGGUGACUCCUCGCACACAAAUGGAGCAGAUGGAGUACAGCCUGGCAGCAGAGCGGAGGAGGAUGAGGCUCAUCCACGCUGAGAUCAUUACAGACCUGCUGAGCAGCAGCACAGCUCAGCUGGGAGAAUGCCAGGAGUUUCAGGAAGCUGUGCCAGCCGAGCGGACACGAGUGGAAAGUGUGGAGCUGGUGCUCCCGCCGCAUGCCAACCACCAAGUCAGCACCUUUGGGGGCCAGAUCAUGGCCUGGAUGGAGAACGUGGCAACAAUUGCAGCAAGUCGCUUGUGUAAUGCUCAUCCAAGACUGAGGUCCAUAGACAUGUUCCAUUUUCGCGGCCCGUCUCAUAUUGGUGACCGAUUGGUACUUAAGGCCAUUGUUAACAAUGCCUUCAAACACAGCAUGGAGGUGGGAGUGUGUGCUGAGGCCUACCAGGGUGGGGAACCUCUACGCCAUAUAAAUAGUGCUUUUAUGACCUUUGAGGUGCUGGACAGUGACAGGAAGCCAAGCACUCUGCCACGGAUACGACCUGAGCCUGUGGAUGGAAAAAGACGUUAUCAAGAAGCUAUUGCAAGAAAGAAGAUUCGGCUUGAUAGAAAAUACAUCAUCUCCUGCAAGCAAACCGAAGUGCCUCUGUCUGUGCCCUGGGAUCCAAGUAACCAGAUGUACCUGAGCUACAAUAAUGUAUCUGCACUGAAACUAAUGGAUACCAGGAACAACUGGGUUUUAACUUCUGAGAAAAACAAGGUGAGAUUGUACACACUGGAGGAGAACCACAUGCUGUGUUUUAAGGUGGAGAUGCACGUCGGCGUACCAGCAGAGCAGACUUUCCUCCUACUGUCGGACCUGAGGAGGAGAAAAGAGUGGGAUCGGCAUUAUGAGGAGUGUGAGGUGAUCAACCAUGCGGAUGAAGAAGACACACUUUAUCGUGUAGCUACACCGUCCAUAAGUAAAGGGGGCAAAGGCCAGGACUUUAUCUUGCUGGCAUCGAGGAGGAAACCAUGUGAUUUCAGGGACCCAUUUCUUAUUGCUCUGCGGUCUGUUACUUUGCCCACUCACCCUCCCACUGAGGACUACACCAGGGGGGAGGUGCUCUGUGCUGGCUUCACAAUCUGGGAAGAGUCCAGUACUGUCACCAAGAUCACGUACUACAACAAGGCCACACCAGGCGUCCUCCCCUACAUCUCCACAGACAUUGUCGGCCUCUCCUCCAGCUUCUACAGUGCCUUCUCUGCCUGCAGCCACUUCCUAGAGGACAACAGGGACCGCCUGGUGGUUGCUCCAUCCUCUGCACUGUUACAUGACUGUGCUGCUAAGCUCUCUUUAAACGAGGAGCACAAGCAUCAGUAGGAGGGAUUAACUUCUCCUCUGUAGUGGAGUUGCUUUUUGAAGAAGCCACGGAUGAAUGUGAGUGUGCCACUGCAAUGUAUUUGUAUUCUUUUUAAGUCUGUAAAUCUCAGCCCUCCCUGUAUGUUUUCUAUUCAAAUAAAUGAGAGAUUUCUUUCUGAGACAGGCUUUAGAAAUACACUGUGAAGGUUUUUAAAAAAAAGAAAUUCACAUUUCUAGCGAGAUUAAUAUGUACAGAGUAAAAGUGCACAGUGUUUUCUUAGAUUUUAAACCUCUGUAGUGUUAUCAGAGAAAAGAUAUUGUGCAAAAUCUUCUUUAUUAUACUCAUUUACAAAUCACUGAAUCAUACUUUGGUACAAAGAUGUAGCAAGUAUUAAACACAGUGUUAACAUUGCGUUCACUUGACACAGCCAUGUUUUUAUUGUCUUUACAUAAACUAAUAAGACGAUGACACGAGUUUAUUCUGAGAUAUUUGAAUCAGCCUCUUUUGAUAAGCUUAGUGUAUUUCUACCUCUUGAAUAAGGUUUAUAUUAAAUUAAAUUAUAAGUUACCUUUGAUGUAUAUUUAGGAUGUUAUGAUGUCGUUGUAUUUUGAGAUAAUAAAAGUAUGUUUUAAAGGAGAACUCAUGCACUGAUUGUUGUAAGCACACAUUAAAUGGCCAAGUAUUGCACAUAAUAAGCUGUUUUUUUUUCCUUGAAUGAACUGAAACAAUAAACACAACAGACCAGCAGAUUAAGCUCA